AUGUUUAUAACAAUUGAACUCGUCAAAGAAAAUGAAGGGAGUGGAAACUUUGAUGAUAAUUAAAAUUGAUAAGAAACAUAAUACUUUACAGAAUAUAAUGAGCAGAGUCCUGAAUCAGAUGUGUUAGAAGUUGAACCAGAAAUUAUCAUUGAAGAUGGAGAAAGUCGACCGAAUUCAUCUGAAUCCGCAUCAUUUGGUGGACAAGAACAAGAAGAGGAGGAAGAAGAAGAUGAGAGUUCAAGAUCUCCUGGAUUAGGAUUUGAAGAUGAAGAUGAUGAAGAAGACGAGGAUGACGAUGAUGAUGAUUCGGAUAGUGUUUUUGAUACUAAUGUACAGGUUAGAAAUAUAAAAAGGAAAAAUAAUGGAUAUACAUUUUAGAAAAAGAAAAUAGGGUUUUCGACUCUUCACGAAAAUUAGUCAAGUUUUUAGUCAGUGAAAAAAAAACUAAUUGGGUUUCAAAAGUUUAGAACAGAAAAGUGAACAAUUAGCUAGAAAUAGAAUCUGAUAAGUUGAACUCCCUUUUCAAAAAAUACAUUUCGAAUGGCUAUGUGAUAGUUUACGAAAUUAUUAUUUAUGUUUGAGAAAAAAUUCAACAAAAUAGUUAAUUUUGAAAUCUCGAAAAGAAAAAUGAAAAAUUUAAAUUAUUUAUAAGAAUGCACUGAUAAAUAUUGAAAUAAAUAAAUAAAGAAAGAAAAGAAUGAAUGAAUAAUGCUCCCACGCAUUAUUGAAUAGUACUAAAAUUAAUGAUUAUUUACAGGUUCCGGAAACCGAUGAGGAAUAUCGAAAAACAUGCGAAGCUCUCAAAUUAUCAGAGGAAUUGAUUCGAGGUGGAUGGGAAUUAUAUUAUCAUGCUGGACAAAGAGUUUUGAUGGAGGUAAAAACAUAUAUAAAAUAAUAACAAUAAUAUAUAGCUGCAUUCAUAUUAAAUAUUAAUGUUGUGUAAAUAUUGUCAUGGUUCUCUUUCUAUUCAAAAAAAAUUGGAAUUUUUUCAGGGUGAUCAAAAAAGUUGGCAAGUGGUUGCAAUAUAUUAUUUCGUUCUUUCAAAAGAUGUCAAAAAAUCGGGAAGAAUUGGAAAAGUUCUUGAAGAACCAAUGAAUUGUACAUUAAAUGAAAUGCUCGAUUAUUUUUCGAUUAGUGUUGUUGAGUUUUUCGACAAAAUGCAUCGAUUUAUUGAGACAAUUCAUUCGAAAAAACGACGACGUUAUUCGGAAUUUAUCAAAAAAGCGCAGGAAUCGCUUGCUGUUACUACGGUUAUUUAUAAGAAAUUUAUGAAAAUUUAUCAACUUUUGUUUGUUUAUGUCGAAUCCGAAAAUGAUGCUCAAACUGUCUCAUCGCAAAAAGUUUUCCAAUUGAUUUGGACUGCAUAUCUUGUUCUUAAACGUGAGUUGUUUUGAAAAAAAAACAUUUUAUCAAAAAAAAAAUUUGCGAUUUUUGUAUUCCAUAGUUUUUGACAACAGCAUUUCUUGGAAAUUUAAUUUCGGGAAAGAUAGCUUCAGAUAAUAAUAAACCAAACUUCAUAAUUAUAUUGUAUUUGGAUUCCUCUUACUCUGUUUAAUCGUUUUUCAGGUGGAUUACAAUCGGAAGAUCUCAUCAGCUGCCAUCAUUUACUUUUCUGUAUUGUCGACAUUUUUUAUACCGAUUUAUGUAAUCAAACAGAUUGUCCAUCUGAACAACAUUUGAACCCAUCAUUCGGUUAGUUUUUUAAUUUUUUUUACUCCAGAAAAAUUCAAAUUUUGUUUAUUUUCAGUUGAAUCAAUUCUAUUGCAAGAUAUGACAAUUUUACGAGCCCUUUGCACAAAUUUCGAUGGUGUUAUAUUAGAUUCGAAACAUUUUUUGGAACACGUUUAUCCGAGAUUGCCAAAAGAAAGUAUUCCGGAAGCUUGGUUUUUGGAAGAAUAUGAAAUGAAUAUGUGAGUUUUUCCUUCUUUGAAAACAAUUUAUAUAUUUUAACUUUUUACAGAACCAAUAUGAAUAAUGUAUAUUCCAAAUAUUUAUUGCAAACUGGACAAAUCGAUGAAAGAGUUUUUGUUCCAACUGAAGAAGAGAUGACUCAUAUAUUCGAUGAUUCAUUCAAUUCGGAUACAAUUACAAGUGUUUUACGAAAAGGAUUCAAUCAAGUCGAAUUUCAAGAUGCCAAUUUUCUGAACAAAGUUUCUGUGCAAAAUUGUUUGGAUCGAAUCCAUUUGUCUGCUGAAAAACAAGGAAUUUGUUCAAGUCCAAAUGAGAUGGCAAGAGUUCCAAAUGUAAAAGCUGAUGAUAAUGAAGGCAUUAAAUGUCCAGAAGAUAAAGAUCCAUCAGAAACUGCAAAAAGAUUGAUUCGAAUUGUUGGAUCAUGGGAUUUGGAAAGUUCGGAUUUGAAAUAUCAUUGCGAUCAAAUGUCAGAUAAUCCAACAGCAACUCUUCUAUUGAAACGCGAUGUUUUAACCGAAAAAUUCGUUCAAAAAAUCAAAGACGAAGUUGAAGAAGACAAUCAAUUUGAUAAGGGAUUUUUCGCAAAUCUUGAAAACCAUCGAGAUAUUCUUGAACGACUUUUUAUGAAAUAUAUUGAGAAGAUUAUGCUAACAGAAAUCAAUAAAAAGUGUAGAGAAGAAGAUCUUUUGGUUUGUUUUUUUUUCGAAGCUAUUUUAAUUAUUAUUAUUGUUAUUUCGAAUUAUUUCAGAAUGUUCUCCGAAGAGAAGAGUUUCUUGAUGCUGUUUUUUGUUUUUGUAUUGAAUUGGUAUUAUUUUCAAAUGGAAGUGUUCGUGAAUUCCCAUGGAGUGCUCAAAUAUGCGAUCUUCAUCCAUUUCUUUUUCAUAAAGUUAUUGAUUUAAUGAUUAAUCAUGAAAAAGAAUUGAGUCGACCAAUGGUUCAACAUUUCAAUCAAGUAAGCUUGAAUUAAAUUUAGAGAUUAUAAAUUGAAUAAAUAAUAAUUUUUUGCAGAUUGAGGAACGAAUCAUUGAAGAACUUGCAUGGAAAAAAGAUAGUCCAUUAUGGCAAAUGAUUGUUAGAUGUCCAUUGAGCAGUUUUACUGAAUUUGGUGAAGAUUGGUUCGAAAAAGGACAAUCGCCUUUGAAGUUUACACCAAUUAAGAAACGAUUGACAACUGAUGAUUUAGGAAGACCAAUUAUAAGUUCGAAUGGACAAUCGAGAACUGUUAGAGUUUUUAUGAAAAGAGUGAGUUUCUAUUUUUGAAACAGGCGAACUUGAAAAUUAAGUAUGUUCUGGUAUUCCUGAAGAAAUAUUUAUUCCAAAAUUAGAAAUAUACACACUUGAACUGUAUUACAAAAUGUUUACGGAACUGAUCAAAAUUCUUGUAAAAUAUAAUUCCUCACAAGUAAGAUUAUUUACUAUUUGAAAACUAUUUUCAGACAUAUUUCACUGCCGCUUUGAGACUUCAUGAUCUUUGUGAUCGAAUUGGAAUGGGAAUUCGACCGAAAUCUCAAGUUUGGACACUUUUUGAUUUUGUUUUACGAAGUCAAACAAGUCAAUUAAUGGAUCGACACGUCGAUCAAAUUCUCAUGUGUUGUGUUUAUGUUGUUUCAAAAAUCAAUGCAAUGACAACUACAUUUAUGGAAAUUAUGGCACAUUAUAAAAGACAACCACAAGCGCUUAGCGAUGUUUACCGAAAAGUUCCAGUUGAUUCGAAAUUGUUUGGUGAAAAUGGGACACCGAUUGUUCCCCGAAUUGUGAAACAAGAAGGAGAUAAUGAAAUACUAACACUUCUCAAUACACCAAUUAAAUAUUCACAUGUUGAUCUUAUCAAAUACUACAAUUUGGUGUUUAGAGAUAGAGUAAAAUCUGUAAUUCAUGAAAUUGAAUCAGCUGGAGACAAUGAAAUGACUGAAAUGCCUGUUCCAACUUGUUAUGGAUUAGCUCCAGUUAAAAUCAAUUUAUCAAGAACUGUAAGUUUAUAUACUUUUUUUAAAAUUUAAACUUAUAUUUUUGUAGGUUGCUAUUCAAGCUCUUCCAAAAACAAUGCAUGGUUCAUCUCGUCAGGAAUUAGUUAUUGCAAAUAUCACAAAGAAUGGAUUAUCUUAUGAUGUUUUGCAAAGUCCACGAAAAGAGCUACAGAGCAUUAAUCAAAAAAUUGCAGCUCUAAUUUAA